AUGGUUGGAGGCUGGAUCCCGGUGCUGAAGCAUAGAGGAAAAACAGAAGCAUGGCGGAACAUGGUUAGCUCGGAAGACUUUUCAGUUUUUGUGGAUAAUCUACCUUGCUCAUUGGAUCCCAAAGGUCUGUUUAAUCUCUUUCGGAAGUUUGGAGUUGUAAAAGAUGUAUUCAUACCGCAAAAGAGAAGAAGAAUCACCAACACAAGAUUUGGCUUUGUAAGAUUUAGUUGUGAAGUAGCAGCGAAGGUGGCAGUGCAAAAAGCUCAUGGUCUUUGGGUGGAUGAUAAAAAGUUAGGAGUGAAAUUUGCUGAGUUUGAAAGAAACAGAGAGCAUGGGCAGACUCAUAUUCAACCACCAAAGCAAUCAAAAUACAGAGCAGAGGUUAGGAGAGGUCCCAAUCCUUUUAUUAAUAAGAAGUCUUUUGCGGAAGUAGUAAAAGGCACUAAGGUACUGAGUAGUGGCUCUGUUUCAAUCAAGGCGGAGGUGUCUGGUAAUGGGUGGCUCUAUGAUAGUGUGGUAGUUCGCUUGAAAGCCAGAUACGUUAACAUCAGUCUGACUUGA